AUGGACAGCGAUGGUGGUGUUGGCGCCUGGGUGACGCAAGAACUGCGUUUGUCUGUCGCCACGGCGUCGUUGUCAUUCAGCGGAAGCAGGGUUUCCGACUUUCCUGCCGACGUGGCAGACCCGCGACGAACAUCUUCUUGUACUUGCACUAGUUGGCCUGACACAUGGGAUUUUGAAGUCUGGAGAAUGCCCCUGUGUACUCAGCAUGGGCAGGAACGAUGUCAGCGAUCUCAAUACCCGCGGAACCUUGGCGAUUUGCCGGUGGCCGCGUUUGGCUGGACGAGUUCGUCGAACAGAGCCAUGACGAUACCCUUCAAUACUUGGAAGGAUGUGCUUCUGACCCUAUCGAAGAUUCUCGUAAAGUACACCGAAAGGCGGAGGCGUACAGGAAGUAUGCCCGCCGGCUCUGGAACAUUUCUCAGUAAAGUUGGACCUAGCGCAGCAUCUGAUCCGGAGACAAUUGUGCUGGACCUCUGUGCAAACCGACCCUCCGCAGAAGACAAGUUCAGGGCUUUCUUACGACACCAUGUAAAAACUUCGAUGCAGCUGCGCCCAUCUCUGGGCCCCGAGGAGUACGAAUGGGUCCGAGAAGUUGAGUCUGCAAUCACUGUCACCGAACUCUGGAAAGCCUUGGUACGCGACUUCGACAGUGGCUUCUUACAAAUCAAGCGACGCGAGGAGCCCGAGAAGACCUCUUCCUACUCGCUUAAGUUCACUGAUACCUCGCAAGGUAGCGGCUCUGUGUGGAAAGUGUCGAAGGUCUGA